AUGUCGCGGGCUCUGCCUCGGGCUUGGUUGGUGGGGCACGAGAUUCAUCUUCGGAAACAUCAGCUAACUUGUCUCUGGUCCUUGAGCGUGAAGAAGCUGAAGAACUAUUGCGUCGUCGACCGCUGGGCGAUUCCCGUCUCUUUGCUUGACGUUGGCCACGUCGCCCAGGGCUGGGUUGCCUUUGCCGGCGUCGGUCGUCCUCCCUGUCUGAAGAGUCGUCUCUUCGGCCCUUGCCUUUUGACCUUCGGUCGUGUGCCGCACUGCUGGAACGGCUGCGGCUGCGACUGUCACUGGGACUGCGACCUCGGCCCCGACUUCGGCUACGAGACAAAGAAGUACCCCUGGACCUUGAAGAAGACGCGGAUCUUGAACGACGUCUCCGGCGAUCUACCGAUCGGCUUCUUGAAGAAGAGUAUCGUCUUCGCUUUGGCGAAGGAGAACGUCGCUCAGAAGAUACAGAGCGAGAUGCAGCAGCUCUACGCCCUCCAUCAUUUCGACGGUUUGCUCGACCUCGGUAGGUAUCGCCUCCGGGUGAUCGUGAUCUCUUUCGCCCGUCUCUGCGUCUUCCGGGUGAUGAGGGUCGUCGCCGGCUGUCAGAUUUGUUGGUACUGCGCGACGCACUACGGCCGCGCGAGUUCGAUCGAGAUGAGCCAGAUGCUGAAGGCGAUCGAGCAGGAGACCUUCGCCGACCAGGUCCAGCUCUACCGCCGCCGCGCCUCCCACGAGGGACGUAACUGUCGCGACCGUAGGAGUCCCUCGAGUCACGGAAGCGGGGACCCGGAGAUCGAGACCUCCCACCUCCUCUCCUGA